UAUAAUACUAUGUAUAACCAAAAUGAUAUUCAGUGGAAUCCAAGUGACGAAAAGAUCGAAACACAAAUUAAAAUGAAUAUUUGAUGACUGAUUAUUGAUAAAUAAAUAAUUAAUGAGAUUGAACUGAUUAAAAUUCGAUGCCUCUCGGCAAUAAACCCGAAUGUGUCAAGUGUGGGACUCGAGAAACCCCACUUUGGCAUUCAACCGAAACCGGUAACCUUUGCAAUGACUGUCUUGAAGAAGAGAGAAAUUCUGAAGCGAAUUCAAACAUAAAAAACGAAGACGAAGAUAAAGGGGGAUCAUUAAAACCUACUAGAAGAAGUACAAGGAUUACAAGAUAUUGUAAUUCUAAAUCAGUUCCACACAAAAUUAUACCUAAGGGAAAAGGAAGAAGAAAUUUAUUCAAAAAAACUCCGGUUAAAGCACCAACAGCUACAGCAACCCCUGUUACAAGUAAUUAUGUAUUUUAUAAAGGCACUUAUUUCCAAAUAGGUGAUAUAGUUUCUAUGCAGGAUAUUGAUGGAGGAAUUUAUUAUGCUCAAAUUCGUGGUUUACUCACAGAUCAAUAUUGUGAAAAGAGUGCUGCUGUUACUUGGCUUUUACCAACCAGUGCAAGUCCACCACCUGAUGAAGGAUUUAGUCCAGAGACAUAUAUUAUAGGACCAGAAGAAGAUCUUCCACGCAAAUUGGAAUGCAUGGAAUUUGUAAUGCAUGCUCCAUCAGAUUAUUACAAAUUAAAAAAUACAUCAUAUCCACCAUCACUUACAGAACGGGGUAGUGGAUAUAUAUGGACUACUCUUAGAAAUGAAAUUGCUACAUCGAAAAAAUGAACUUUUAUUUUUAA